GGCGCUGGUGUGUCGGUCAGUAGUGACAAGAUGGCGACGCCCAGCGAGCUGUCUCUCGAGGAGAUUCGCAAAUAUUUGUUGGAAAACGGUGGCACUGCCCGCAAUCACGACGUGGUGAAGUAUUUCAAGAAGUUCCUGACGGAUCCCGAGACGCGAGUCGAAGCACGGAAUCGGUUCAAGGAGUAUGUAAACACCCUGGCCACUAUAAAGAACGAAGAGGGGGAAAAGUAUUUGGUUCUGAAGAAGAAGUACCGACAAACUCCUCUUGAGCUUUCGUCCCAGGAACAAAUGGGAUCACCUAUCGCCACUCCAGACAUUGCUACCCCGGUUUCUCCUCUACGAGCUCCUCCGCCGUACAGACCGCCUCCUCCUGCGCCUCUCAGCCCAACGGCGAGUAAUGCAAGUACGGUUUGCGAGGAAUCGUGUUCGAAUUUCGCCCGCGAUGGGGCUGCUAUCGAUGCACAGAAAAAUGACGUUGACCAUGUCGAGACCGGAUUUUCAACGUCCUCACCUCCCGUACCACCGCGCCGUAAAAGUCAAGAUAAGAUCAAGAUCGAGAAUAAGGAGAACGUCGACAGGAACAGGGGAGGAUCCGAGGCGGUUAUCAAGGAAGAUGAGGCUGUCGCGGCGAAUCCGGGCUCGACCGAGCAAUUAAGCUUCCGCGAGCGGAUGCAACGCUUCAACCGGAUGGCUAGCGAAACCGAUCUCCAAGGCAGGCCUAACGGCACUAUCACGCCCACUAAAAAGCGAUCAGACAAGGGUGCCGACGAGGAUGACAGCGCUUCCGUUGCCUCGCAACUGGACGGGAAGUCGCGGGAGUGGUUGGUGAGGGCAGCUCAAGGCGACUAUCAGGCCUUGGCGAAACUGGCUGCCGAGGAACCGAAGCUCGCUCGACUCAAGGAUCCGACGUCCGGCGUAAGUAUGAUUCGAGUUUCUACGAUCGUAAUUGCACGUUUCUCGAACGGGGUCGCGUACGAGACGCGCCAUCGAAAGCGUCGCUUUCCAGGCGUACACGGUUCAGUACACGGCUUUGCACUGGGCCGCGAAGCACGGCGACGAGAACAUCGUGAAGCUGAUAGCGGGCACCUACAAGGACUACAUCAAGAGCGUCAACGAGACCACGAACGGGGGAUACACGCCGCUGCACAUCGCGAUGCAAUUCGACCACGAGAAUAUCUUCAAUCUUCUAGUCCAGGUAUACGGAGCCAACCAGGAGAUACGCGACUACAGCGGAAAGAAGGCCAGGCAAUACUUGGUCUCCCAGGAGGCCGCCGUCAGUCAGGACACCUUCCGCAGGAUUACUGCUGCCGCUACGCACAGGCAAGUUCAGAAGCGCACCUCUGCUAAAGUAGUAAAGCGCUUGUGUCGCAAGAUUAAAGUAGCCGCACCUUAAAGUAACGUAUGACUGUCACUUUUAUCGACGCUGACGUGAGUAUUCCGACGACGAAAGCACGCGGGUCCACAAUCCUCUCUCACGCGACGUCGAAGAUCGCUGGUCGCGCCGCCCUGCGACGUCUUUUACGCCUUCGAACGCCGCGCCACGAUUCCGUUCACGCAUGCGCGGUGACUUCAAACAUGGCGGCGAGCAAGCACUCGUCGCGUACCAGCGUUAAAAAUGAACAAAUUUUGUUAGAACAUAAAUACGAACUCUUCCAAUGGAAUAUACGUUUUAGAUUUCCUGAACGUGUUACUUUUAUAUUAAUUAACACUUUGCGCUAGUUUACGGUCUACGAAAUGGGCAAACUUUAUUUUUUAUCCGUGAAUAAAAUUUGCCAAGAAUCUCCGAUCGUCGCAGCCUGAACGGAAAAGUCUACCGGCGCUUGAUUUGAUAAUUUUUUCUUUAUUUUUCCUGUUUUGUCCGUUUACUUUCCGAUAGUCGAAUCGCCGAGUCGUUCGUUCCUUCGUGGACCCCCGUUGAUGUUCCCGAUGUUCCAAAAGAAUUUGUGUACGUCUUGUUACUUGUGAACGCUUUGGUCGAGUCUUAACGGACCUGUCCGGUCUGUCGCUGAUACCGUUGCGGCGUUCAACGCUUGUUAAACGUUCUCGUCUCUCUGUAACCGCGCGCGACGAACACGCAGACCGAACACGCGCCUUUUUGCGAUCGCGCGAAUAAUUUGUUCGUUGUGUCGUUUGAUCGGGCUGCACGUUGCGUGUACUGUGCUUAACGCGGUGCAAUCGAACGUUCCGAGGAUACGAUUACCUGUAACGGAAGCACACGGAUUGCGGUGCUCGAAACGCGACCACGCGACGCGCGCGUGUUCGAGAGACCGACUAAAAAUUGCGACCAAACUUCAACGAACUCGAAGUGGCAGUAGUACCUAGAGACACUAGUACCCAGCACCGUAGAAAAUGUGUUUUAACCCUUCUAGCUGGCGAUGUGAACGCGAUCUAUUUCGGCGCGAUCGCGUGCGCCGCUGCUGGCUAGCGAUGGGACCGAUUCGAUACUCGCGCAACUCGAACUAUCGACUAUCGAUCGAUACUUUUCGGGACAAAAAUGUACCAGACGAUUCUACGUAGUUUCGUAAAAAUUUACUUAUCAGAAGCUACCAUUCUCGACCGCCAUGAGUCCUCACAAGCGAGAAUUCCCAUCGCUAGAUUCCGGUAGAAACGUAUAAAAAAAAAUAACGGACGGAGCAAAAUUCAGGCUGUUUCACAUCGCCGACUAACGACAAUCGUCAGUGUUUUCUUUGUUGUCACUAUCACACGAUAAUAAAGCAUGUGUACGUGAGCAUGAGAAACGCAUACUCGACACGAAAUCUCCCAGCCAACGGAAAAGAAAAGGGACAUCGAAACCUUCGAUUAACACACGAACAUGUAAUACUCUUCGUCCAUCUAAAAUUCACUCGCCCUGAUCCUUCGCCCGGUCGAAAACGCGACGACUGCAUUCUUCGCGCGAACAGAUUCUCACGGUCGUUGGCGUAAUUGCAUCGACCGCGGAUAACACCAACUAUAUUUUUUUUUAACCGGAUUAACUUUCUCGAUCACAUUUCUCGUCCUCGAGCACGUCGAGCACGAGUUUAACGUUUCACCUAAAGUCGAACAAAAUCGACGAACCUAAUAAUCACGACAGGAACUGGCCCGACGUCGGCGUUGACCGCCGUUUUGAAUUUCAAUUUUUUUUAUCAAUGUUCCGUGGAACUUUUUAAACGAACAUUCGUGUUGGUCAGCGCCGAACGGUUGGAUUUUCCUGUUCAAUUAUUAACAAAAAGCGACAGUUCGCGAAUACAGCAAGGACAGUCGCGCUAACCGAUAUACUUUCUAUAACCAAACGACUAAUACCGUUUAAUCACACCUAUUCGUAAUAGUUCGUCCAUUAUAGUUUCCCUCCUUGCGACGUCCGCGCGCUGCGGCUAGAACG